AUGUCCGAUCGCCCGUCAGGACUGGUCAGGAAUCCAACUGCACCUUCUGUCAUGGCAAACGGUCACUUUGCAACAGUCGGCGACUCUGGCGACUCCGCCUCCUACGAGCACGGCGUCCAGGUGAUUGACGAGAAUAAGGAGUUCAACGCGAACCUCUCCAAGUACCUCACUAUCGAAAAUGUCACCCCCGCCGGCUUCAACUACCAUCUCGUCUCCGUGUUCGGCUCCCAGUCGACCGGAAAGUCCACCCUGCUGAACAACCUCUUCGGCACGGAGUUCUCGGUCAUGUCGGAGCUGGAGCGGAGGCAAACAACGAAGGGUAUCUGGCUUUCGAAGAAUAAGAAGCAAGGUCAGGAGGGUGCCGGCGAGCGCAUGGCGGAUAACAUCCUGGUCAUGGACGUGGAAGGUACCGACGGCCGCGAACGUGGCGAGGAUCAGGACUUUGAGCGCAAGAGUGCUCUCUUUGCGCUUGCGACUAGUGAGGUGCUCAUUGUCAAUAUCUGGGAGCACCAAGUGGGCCUGUACCAGGGUGCCAAUAUGGGAUUGCUCAAGACGGUCUUCGAGGUCAACCUGCAAUUGUUCAUGAAGGAUAAAAAUACUACUCACCGAUCUCUCCUUUUCUUCGUCAUUCGUGACUUCAUCGGCAGCACUCCACUCAAGAACCUACAGAGGACGUUGUUGGAGGAUCUGGCGCGCCUCUGGUCCACCAUCUCGAAACCCGCUGGAUUGGAGAAUUCAACGAUUCACGACUACUUCGACUUCCAAUUCUACGGACUUCCGCAUAAGAGCUACCAACCCGAGCAGUUCGUGGCCGAGGCUAAGAAGCUUGGAUCCCGGUUCCGCGAGGGUCACCGCGACCCGAGAAGAGAUGCGCUCAAGGGUGAGUUCUCAGAAGGAGGUGUAUUCUUGCCUGAGUACCACCGACGAAUUCCUGCGGAUGGAUUCUCCCAUUACGCCGAAGGAAUUUGGGACCAGAUCGUCAACAAUAAAGACCUUGAUCUGCCCACGCAGCAAGAGUUGCUGGCGCAGUUCCGAUGCGAUGAGAUUCUGCGUGAGGUUAUGAUUGGGUUCGACGAGGCAAUCACUGCCUUCGAAGAUAAGCAGGCUGAGGCCGUUCAUCUAGGCGCACCGGAGGUUCUUGGAGGCCUAGGUGUUGCUAUGCGGACUGCGCGCUCAAAAACCCUCAAGGGGUUCGAAACUGAGGCUAGCCGGUACCACAAGGGCGUGUACCAGCGCAAGAAGGCCGAACUUGAGAGCAAGGUUGAUGGGCGGUUGAAAGCGCUCUUCCACGGCCAGCUCUCGGCUGCACACAAGUCCGGUAUCCGUGACUUCAGCGACGCGGUCACCAAUGCCGUCAAGUCUGGUCAGAAGAAGGGCGGUGGCUACGACUUUGCCGAGAUCGUCAAGGAUGAGACCAAGCUCUCCCUGGAGAAGUUUGAAGAGGUCGCUCGCUCAACUGUCGUCGAAGGAUCGACAUUCAGCGAUUACAAGCAGCAGCUUGGUCUGUACGAGAAGGACCUGGCUGAGGUUAGCGCUAGUUUGCGCGGGGACGAAAUGAGACGCCUGGCCACUCGCGUCGAGCGCUGGGUCCAGUCCCGUCUUGGCGAAUCGGUGGGACUCGAAUUCAAUGCUCUGGGCUCUGGGCGCGCCGGAGCCGGUGCGCCCGAAAAUGGCGAGAAGCCCACCGAAAAGGCAUUUUGGGAUCGGAUCUGGAACGUCUUCGUGGACACCGUUCUUGACGCAGAGCGACGAUUCACAGAUCGGGCGAGUAGCUUUGAUGCCAGCCUAGAAGAGGUCGACGUUGGGCUCUGGCGCCUGCGUCGUAAGUCCUGGGGUGUUUUGCGUGCCAAGAUUGAUGAGGAGAUGAUCGAGGGCAACCUGCUUUUGAAGCUUCGUGAAAACUUCGAAGACAAGUUCCGCUAUGACGAAGAGGGAGUCCCGCGAAUCUGGCGCCCGACGGAUGAUAUUGAGGGUAUCUAUACCCGUGCCCGCGAGUCAACUUUGACCUUGAUCCCUCUUCUGUCUCGAUUCCGUCUUUCUGAAACUGGUGCCGCGCCUCCGCUCGAUCGAUGGAUUGGCCAUACCCCAAGUUCUGCGACCCCUGCGGACGAGGAGGACCUUGCACCUAUUGGCGGAAUUGAUGAGGAUGAAGGCAAGAGCCUGGAAGAGGAGACGACAAUUCUUGGCGACUCGAAGCGCCAGGAGCUCACCGUGCGCUUCAAGAAAGCUGCAGACGGUGUGUAUGUCGAGGCCAAGCGGAGUGCUAUUGGUGGCAUGACCCAAGUCCCAUUGUACUUCUACGGUCUGCUGCUUGCCCUGGGAUGGAACGAAAUUAUCACUGUUCUCCGCAACCCAGCCUACUUCUUCCUCUUGUUCGUGUGUGCCGUGGGCGCCUACAUCACCUACCAGCUCAACCUGUGGGGUCCGAUGCUGAAGAUGACCGAGGCCGCCUCACAGCAAGCUCUUGUGGAGGGUAAGCGUCGCCUACGUGAAUUCCUCGAGUCUUCCGACACUGGCCGACAAGCCAUGGCCAUGUCGGCGGAUCGAAACGGAUCACUGGGCCGCAAGGAGGAGUACGAGAUGUCCGACAUGAAGCGCGGCUCCAGCUCCAAAGCAAAUGAUGACCUGGAUGACUUGUAA